AUGGAGAGCCGUCGCACCACAACCGCUAAUGGGCAAUCUUCCCCGAGAGCGAGUAACUCCCGCACGCCGGUCCUGCGCACCGGCGUCGAUUACGCCGGCCCAAUCUUCAUCCGGACCAAUGUUCCGAUUAGGGAUUCCAUGUGCGCGCAUGUGCGGCUCUGCACUUGCGCGACCGUGAAAGUACAAUCAAGGAACGCAAAGGGCCACAAGGCAAGCAAAGGCUUCAUUUCGGUCUUCGUCUGCCUCAGCACAAAGGCAGUCCACCUGGAGGCAGUCACCGAUUACACAGCCGAGGCGUUCCUGGCCACAUUCCGUCGCUUCGUCUCCCGGCGAGGCCUUUGCAACGAAGUUUUCUCCGACUGCGGCACGAACUUCGUCGGGGCGGACCGAGAACUGCGGGAAAUGUUCCGCGUUUCUUCCUCCGACGGCCAUCGCACGGCUCACGCAGCAGCCUCCGACGGCGUGAGAUGGAGAUUUAAUCCCCCCGCAGCACCACACUUCGGCGGACUUUGGGAGGCAGCCGUCAAGUCGACGAAGCACCAUCUCCGAAGGGUCAUCGGCGAAGCCACCCUCACCUACGAGGAGAUGGCCACUCUUCUCACACAAGUGGAGGCGUGCCUCAACUCGCGCCCGUUGCAGCCGCUGACGGACGAUCCCGACGACUUGACGGCACUAACACCAGGGCACUUUUUGAUCGGAGCCCCCUUCCUGGCCGUCCCAGAGCCGUCACUCACCGCCGAGAAGGACACCACGCUGUCUCGAUGGCAGCUUCUCCAGAAGAUGCGCGACCAUUUCUGGGAACGGUGA